UGAGCGAUAAACACAGCCUACACAGCUCUCUGGAGAAUCAGAAAGAAGUUCAAGAAAAAUGAGCGAGACGAGGCCGGUGCCGAGGAGGGAAAGCCCAUGGGGGAUGCCAGAGGGCGACCACCGUCAGCCGAAGGCCCAUAGGUGCAAUGACCGUGCGGAGGAUGUCGUCCAAGCAUGUUUCGAGGGAAAUCCAUUUAAGACAGUUCCAGGACCCUUCAAGCUCUUCUGGCAAUGCAUGCGUUCUAAACCAGGGGAGGAGCCGACAGAGCCAUAUACCUAUUUGGAGUUGGAUCCCCCAAAGAGAGAGGUGAAACUUGAGUGAAACCACUUAUUCAGGAAGCCUUCAAGAAAAUUUUAGUUUAGGUUCAAUCCCUCUGACUUUGAUACUUCAGUUUGUGUAAUCUAUAAAAUAUGAGGAUUGCAUAAAUUCUGGGUGACAAUAAGAUUUUGGCUUUCUAUUUGAUAAUAAAGAUGCUAAGUGAGCCCCA